UUGAAUGUCAAUAAAGUUUCCGGGUUUUGAAACAGCAUGGCGGCUCAGGCGGUCUGCACAGCUGUCAGAGGCUCAGUCAUGUGUUUGCUUAAAGACACUGUCCUCACCUCAAAGAAAAUGUGUAAUCUGUCAAGCAUUUGCACCGGAAAAGGUUACACUACUAGUUGGAGGACGUGCAGUUCAUCUUCCUCAUCUGAGCCUCCAGCAGCAGAUGUUUGUGCCUUGAGUGAAACCAUUGGACACUAUGACCGCCUUGUUCAGUGUGGCUCCCUGAGGGAAGAUGCUCUGCAGAGAGAUGUCGUCCAGCAGCUGGCUCAACUGCAACACACACUGAAGAACUACAGUAACAGCGUGUACCUGAACCCACCUCCACCGAGGAUACACUCAAAAGAUAACAGUCAGCUUGCAAAAGAUAAAGACCCCCACAGUACAUCAGAUGAAAACAAAGGCGGUGGAGCCACUGCUGAGGAGGAACCUGCUCCGCCACCACCACCGCCACCACCCAAAGGCUUCUAUGUCUAUGGAGGUGUUGGCACAGGGAAGACCAUGCUCAUGGAUAUGUUUUACUCCCGUGUGGAACACACUCAUAAAAAGCGAGUCCACUUCAAUAGCUUCAUGUUGGACAUCCACAAAAGGAUCCAUCGGAGGAAACAAAGCCUGCCAAAACGAAGGCUAGGGAAAAUGUUCACCUAUGACCCCAUAUCACCAGUUGCUAUGGAGAUCAGCAAUGAAACCUGCCUCCUGUGUUUUGACGAGUUUCAGGUGACAGACAUUGCUGAUGCCAUGAUCCUGAAGCAGCUAUUCGAGAUGCUGUUCAAGACUGGAGUGGUGGUGGUGGCCACUUCCAACAGAGCCCCUGAUGAUCUGUACAAAAACGGACUUCAGAGGGACACCUUCCUACCUUUCAUCGGCGUGCUGAAGGAGUACUGCCACACCAUCCGCUUAGACUCUGGGAUUGACUACAGGAAGCUGGACAAGGCUGCAGCAGGGAAACUCUACUACCUUACAAGGGAGCCUGGCGCGGAGGCCUUCUUGGAUGCACUGUUUGAGGAGCUGGCCUUAAGACAAAAAGAUGUUACAGGCCCUCGGUCGCUCACAGUGCUGGGCAGAGACGUGACUCUGGAAAAGACCUGUGGCUCCAUCGCCGACUGUACUUUUGAUGAGCUGUGUGGCAGAGCUCUGGGUGCCAGUGACUAUCUGGAAAUGGCACGGCUCUUUGACACCGUAUUCAUUCGCCAUGUUCCCAUGCUGACUCUGACCCGGAAGGACCAGGCCAGGCGCUUCACCACCCUUAUAGACAACUUCUACGACAACAAGGUGAGAGUGGUGCUGCUGGCGGCGGCUCCUGUGGACCGUCUGUUUGUCCACACUGGAGGGGAGGAUGAGAGGGACCGACAACUGCUGGAUGAGCUGGGCCUCAGCGGGGAGGCCGCGGAGCGACUGGCUCUGUUCACAGCCGAGGAGGAGAUCUUUGCCUUCCAGAGGACCGUCUCCAGACUGAUGGAGAUGCAAACUAAGUCAUACUGGAUGGAGGGAGACCGCAGUCACAGGAAGAAACACAUGAACACUUGACAUCCACUGCUGACUGAAUUAGAAGCAUAUACCUCGAAACAACAUAUUACCUCACUAACCACCAACACUGCAUAGGCGAAGUUUGAUCUAGUAGAAAUAGAAAAGUCUUUUUUUGUAAAUAAGCUGCAGUUUAUAGUCAGUAUAUCCAAAACAGAGCAGAUAUGGAAUAAAUAUGCAAAACUAGACACCCGUUUGCAUCUUAUGCAUGUGCAUUUUCCUGUAUUAACGUCUGAUCCUCUUCUGUGAGGUGUGCUCUCUCCCCCUUGUGGACUCUUUAUUUUAAAGAACAUGGAAACCUCUCCAACAUGUGUGAACCACAAGGCAAACAGGUGCUCACUUCACAGAGAGUAAGAGGGCCAAGUGUUCCUCAGAGUAGUUGGCUGCUGCCCUCUAGUGGGUUAAUCUCAAAAAGAGAGAAAAGUAUUCUCAAGCUGUUUUUCUGAAACAAUAUCAGAAUGAAACCUCAAGUGUAUAAAAACCUGUUUACAAAUUAAAGAUGCUAUGCAUGCUAUCAGUGAAUGACACUAGAAUUCAGAGAGGUGUUAAGCCAUCUUUCCCAUAAACUCAGUGGGUAUUGGAUUUUUAUUGACAUAUUCUAGAUCUUAAUCAAGUAAAAAUGGUCUUGAUUUUGAUCCUGACUUUACUAUCUGAAGGAGAGAUUGGUCCCGUGUUAUUACAGACAAUACAUACACAACUGCAAGCUACAAACAACAUUUAAAUCUAAUCAAAUUAUUGAGACAUGUAAUUGUGAAAGAGCUUUGUACUUUUAAAUCCAGGCUUUUCAGGAAGUCUUGUCAUGCGGGUCUGUAACAAAGAUCAAGAGUCAAAUCAAAGUGUUAAAAAUUCACAAAACAAA